AUGCCUUACACCAGAACCAUGCAGGCAGUUUCCCUUGUAAUAUUUGUGUGCAUUUCGAUGAUGGCUGCACCAAACUUUGCACAACAACUUGAUGCAAGUGAACUAUACAUCCCCGGACCCGGUGUCGGUUUGUUUCACUUUCUGCAAUGCCUUCGUUCGGUUGUAACCAUCCCGAGGUGUCCCAUGGAACACAUAAUAUCCAUGUUGAACUUUGAAGCGGAAUUACUUGGCCCGGAAUGCUGUGAAGCACUCUUGAAUGUUGAACGCAACUGUUGGCCAAAGGCGUUGCCUGUGAAUCCUUUUUUUCCAACGAUCAUCAAGAACUAUUGUAUGUCGACACUGAAUUGA